UGAAAACUACAACAGUACUGCUGAACUGCAGAAUCACUGAUACUGCUGCUGGAUGAGUGUGUGAGCUGUGCUGAGGUAAAAAUGAAGCGCUCCCUGGGGAUCUGUCUGGUGAUCUGCUCAGCUCUGAUCGCACUGGGAUCAGCCAUUCGGUGUUACAGCUGUAAGGAUUAUACAGCCAGCUGCUCCAAACAACGAGACUGUAGCUACGAUGACGCCUGUCUCACGCUCAACGAGAGAGGUGGAAUGACCUACCGUCAGUGUCUGAAGUAUUCAGACUGUGAGUACAGCCGACUGGCCCAGAUGUUCCCCCAGGUGUCCAGUUUCACCUUCAAGUGCUGUAACUCUGACCUGUGUAACUCCGCCCCCUCAUCUGCAGCAAGCUCUCUGAUUGGUCUGCUGGCUUCCGUGGUCGUCAUGUGGUGGUGCGUCCACUGAAGAGUAAACAGUAAUGUUAAUCCUGCAGCUCUGUAGCGUCCCCCAGUGUCUGGAAACAUACAGCUUCCAUAACAACAGCAGCUUCUCUAACUGACACUCAUUUACUAAACAUUCAUUCAGUCAUCUGGCCAUCAAGAAAAACAAAUAUUUGAUCUUGUCCGAAGAGUUUGAUUAAUUGAUCAUUUAAAGGAUUUGAAGCUUUUCUCGCUCAGACACAUGACAAAUAUUAAAUGACAUAAAUAAUUAGGGUUAUUUCAUCAUGUCUGAAGAGUUUCACCUGCUUAUUGAUUGAUCCUUAAAAGUUGCGAGGUUUCUCAUUCAGUUACAUUAUUUCUAGAAAUGUAUAUUUAAAGUUUCAGCAGCUCAUUGAUUGACAAUGAGAAAGCUUUUCUUAAUCUGUCACAUGAUCAAUGUUUAAAUGACAAUGAAAUCUGAAUAUUUCGUCCCAGCUGAAGAGCUUCAGCUGCUGAUUGAUCAAGCACAAAAACGCAGAGAUUUCAAAUGAAUAUGUAUAAGACGAUGAGGAGACAAAAUAAUUAUAUUUUAUCUGGACAGUGUGAUGGUUGAGGAAUUUGAGGGGUUGGCUUUACAUGGUUCCACCUUACUGAUUGGUCAAACACACACACCGCAGCUACUUCAACUGGAGUUCAGCUUCAUUCGUAAAACAAGGAAUUACUGUAAUAUUGAUAUUAGGACAUUUAUUAGGACAUUUAGUCUUUAUCAACAUUAAACAAAAGUUCUGUACUGCAGUCGUCUUUCCAGCUCAUCCAUAAAAACCAGUGAGAUAAAUUUUAUACGUGAAUAUAUCGAGAGACAGGCAGAGCUGCAGUCUACAGACCGAGUCACACACAUGGACUCAAACAGUACAUCUAUUUUCAAAAGAAUCCGUAAAUAAUUUCCUGGCACCAGCUCCCAUGAUGCAACACUAUCAUGGUGAGAAGUUGAAUAAGAUUUGACCUUAUGUAAACGUCCUCAGAUGUUUGGGAGAGACAACAGAGACCUGAACCACAAAGCCGGUUCAACAAACCCGGGAUGUCUUCUGGUUACCUGGCUUCACUGAGCCUGAUGGCCGGUCACACGUUUGCAGCAUAAGACCAAUCCCAGACAUGGACACGUCUACUGGCAGCAGAGCGGCAUAUUUUACAGACGAAGAGCAAAACUGUGAUAUUAGACAAUUAUGAAGAUGUUAAACACGUGAUCCAGGCUGAAAGCAACAGCUGCAGCUGCCAAAUGCAGGAAGAACAGCUGGAAUAAAAUCAUGCCCUGUCUGAAUUUGUAAAUUAACAGGCUCAUGAAAUCACUGCCCAUCAUUAGGACACAAGUUCAUCUGACUACAAUUACAUGUGUGUAUUCCGUUAAAUUAAUGGGUUUUUACCUUAUUCUUUCAGCUGCAGCCUCGAUGGUGUCAAAUAAAAAAUAGAUAUAAAAACAUGUUUCAAAGCAGUAAGUAAACUGAGUUCCAUAUCUUAUAAGUAGAACAUGUACAAGGCUUCACUGCUUCAGUCAUUCGCUGCUGUAGGAUGAGAUCAGUAGACAAAAUUACAAUGACAGGAAAAAAUGAGAGAGAAGACAGGAGGGGACCAGGCUCCUACACAGGAGUCGACUCCCGCUGAGGAGCUGGACCUCUGCAAUAAUGAGGGUCGCUCAUAAAAACCAUCAGCGAAAGACAAAGGGGUUUGCUGGUCCCUGAACACUCUAGUCCUCCUCAGAGACCCUCUCACGAUCUGCGAACCGAGCCCCACGGGAUACUCUGUGAAUGGUGAUGCCAUUUUCCAAGAGAUCUGAUUGGUCAAUAGGUGGAGCUUUUAGACACGUCGAUCUGUUAUCUCGAACAUAACCUGGUUCGGAGCAGGUCAGGUGUGCAGCAUAAGUUACAAUGGCGAUAUACCCCAGUAAGAAGUGAACCGCCGUGGUAACCCUGAGAACCCAGGGUUAAACCUGAAGUUACCUCGCAAACCACAAAUCCUGCUUCGUAGUCCAGGUCUCUGGAGAAACAAAAGCACCUCACAUUCAGGAGAUAAUUUACCUAACGAACGAAUCCGUCCAAUCAGAGGUGAGUGUGUAGAUUACCUGCAAACAGGUGAGAACGAACAGAGACCAUGUCCACGUCCACAUGACGUCUGCAGGUGGUUUUAAUAGAGACACACAGUUUUAACGGACACCAGUUUCAGGCUGAAAUGGAGAGAGAAACAUUAGUUCGGAUAUUUAUGCUUCACGUGGCCAAACUCUGAGUCUGCCUGUGUUAACAUGAGGUGAAUGAAAGAGUGAGUGGUGACAAAGUGAGUGAAGAAAAGAAAUAAAACGUUAUCAGCUGAUAGUUUCACGGAUCAGAGAUGAAUAAUAAACCCUGCUGUUGUUUUUUCAACCGUCUAAUUAACCCGAUCUAACAGAACCUUUGAGUUCCUCUGGUUCCUGGAACUGUUGGUUUGAAAAGUGACAGAACAUGAACCUUUCCUGUCUAACUCUGUUUGAAAUGACUGUUGAGUUCAACACUGACCUGAAAGCAGCUUUACAAC